AUGGCCUCCGCACCUACACGAUGCAUUAUCUAUCCGGACGGGUCGCUUGUUACAUCUAAGAUAAUUGGCAUAGGUCUUGACGGUUUCGUCGUGCACAGUGAGCCGUCAACCGUAUUGAAGAUACCAAAACUUCAUGGGUGCCUCCUGCCCGACGGUACAAUAGAACCGGAUCCAGAAAACGAAUGGUCGAGCGAUUUGAGCAUCGAAAGCACGAUAUACGAACGUCUUCAGGGCGUACGAGGAGUUGCCAACUAUCUGGGUAAUUUCAAAGACGGGCUACUGCUGGAAUACUACAGUAAUGGAUGUCUUGAGGAACACAUGAAAAAAGAUUUCCUACCAGCGUGGUCGCAAAGGAUGGACUGGAUAUUGCAGAUCAUCGAUGUCUUCGCAGCCUGCCAUGCCAAAAAAGUCCUUGUGUGCGACAUCGCUCUCCGUAAUAUCCUACUUGCAGACGACUACACUACACGGGUCAUUGAUUUCGCAAACAGCUCCUUAUGCCCACUGGAGGAUAGCGGUGCGCUCAGGAAUUCCAGCGGCUAUUGCUCAAAGGUGGAGAUUCUACACGUCACGAACGUUAUCUACUCACUGUCCUGCUGGAAGAAGUUCCAGGUGGAUUGUGUGACAAUGGGUGAAUGGCCAGACGCAGAAUUCCUACCAUCGACUAUGGACUUGCCGCUCGGAGAUGUUAUCUCAAAAUCAUGGUCUCGCCAAUUUGAAACCCUUGACGAGCUACGGCAUGCUGUUGUAUCUGCCAUGUCUCAAGAGCUCGCAAUGUCACAGCCCAGAACAUGCGUCUUUCAGAAACCUGUCUUCAUUGUUUGCGCUCUGGCCUGCGCUGCAAUUUUAGUCGUAUGUCUACGAUCUCGAGCGCGAUAG